AGACGUCAACUCCAGGGACAGACACCUAACGGCAGCUCGCUAGCUUCUGAAAGUAAAACAAAAGCGUAACCAGUCUCACUUAAGUAAUGAGGUAGAUAGUCGCAUUUUCGGUCGCUCCUCCUGUACAUACACCGCACUGUCACUACCUCGGAGAAAAUGGAGCGGGAGUUUCAAGACAUUGAGUCGGAAGACCGGUGGCAAAAACUCUACCUAGAAAUAAGGGCUAAAUCUUACGAAUGCCCCUAUAAAGUGGCAAAAUAUCCAGAUAAUCGAAUCCGCAACAGAUACAGAGAUGUCAGUCCAUUUGAUCACAGCCGGGUGAAGCUGAAAGGCACAGACAAUGACUACAUUAAUGCCAGUCUGGUGGUGGUGGAGGAAGCCCAGCGACGUUACAUUCUGACUCAGGGUCCGCUGAGCAAUACAUGUGGACACUUUUGGCUCAUGAUUUGGGAACAAAAGACGAAAGCCGUCAUCAUGCUUAAUCGGGUGAUCGAGAAAGGCUCGGAAAAGUGUGCGCAGUACUGGCCCAUGUCAGAGGAAAGUGAAAUGACGUUUGGUGAAACAAAUUUCCUGGUCAGGUUGUUAUCAGAAGAUAAGAAGUCUUACUACACCACCAGAGUGCUAGAGCUGAACAAUGUCAAGACAGGAGAGAAAAGAGAAAUCUACCAUUUUCAUUACACCACGUGGCCUGACUUUGGCGUCCCUGAAUCGCCAGCCUCCUUCCUAAACUUCCUUUACAAGGUGCGCGAGUCGGGUGCCCUGGGACUGGAUCAAGGUCCAGCUGUGGUUCACUGCAGUGCUGGAAUCGGACGCUCCGGGACAUUUUCCUUAGUGGACACUUGUCUUGUCCUGCUGGACAAGAGGAAGGAGCCCGUGUCUGUGGACAUCAAGAGUGUCCUCCUGGACAUGAGGAAGUACCGUAUGGGUCUAAUCCAGACUCCAGACCAGCUGCGUUUCUCCUACAUGGCUGUUCUGGAAGGAGCCAAGUGCAUUGUUGGAGACGCGUCUGUACAGAAUCAGUGGCAGGAGUUAUCCCAAGACCAGGAGUCCACGUCAGACUGUCCUCAGACAAAGUGUCCCACCGACAGACUGAACGGCAGCUCACAUGAAGCCCAGUCAGAUGACAGGAAACCAGAUGCGCGGAAGUCCGACCAUGAGCAGGACAGCAGCUCCACACACAAGCGACGACGAGAAGACAGCUCCUUGUCGGGCAAGUCACCUCAGAGCAGACCCAGGACCAGCGACCCGGAGCGGAAGAGAAAAAGUUUGGGCUGCAUUUGCUGCACGUGAGCUGUCCAGCUGUUGACCUUUCCCCCACUCCCACACCCUUUUUUAAGAGCAACCUCAACCUUGAAGAGCAAGUUUAGUGGAGGAAGUGUAGCUUUAAAAAAAUCCUUCCGUGACAUUAAGGUGUGAGCUGAGUGGGUGUAGCUUGCUGUGUUCUUACUUUCUUGAAGUGGUGUGGUUGUGCGUUUUUGGGCUAUUACGUCACUCACCAAUGCACUUUUGUGUCAUGUUUCGCUUUUGCCACUGUUUAGUAUAAACACGACAUCACCGUCCUCCAAAAACAAUGCGUCAGAGCAGGCCGUCAAACUAGAUCCGAUCAGACUCCUCUCCAGCUGUUUAUGCUUUCAUACCAUUUGCACAGCACCAUAUCUGGAUUAAAAAAAAUCUAAAUUCUUCAUGAUGUACUGAACCAUAUCCUCGGCAGAAGUUGGGUACGUUUUCACUUAUUUUUUUCUGUUUGCUAUUGCAAAACCUUUCUGUUAAAUCUAUCUGAAUUUUGAAAUCAUAAAAAAAAGGAUUUUGGCCUCUUGGCGUCGGCAGUCAGUAUCAUCCAAGCAACUCACAAACAAUAAAUAAAGAGAGAAAAAUGUGGAAGACGCAAUACUGAGCUAUGCAUCGCUUUUAAGAGCUGAAGUUGUAACGCCUCCUCUUGUGCUUUCAAAACUGCAUCUCUUCUGUGUUCCAGUCCGCCGUGGUCUUUACCUGUGACUGGUGUGUCCCAGUAGCUUCUAUCACUCGGUGUCAACCCAGGUCGCUUCUUAUUUUGUGACACUGACUGAUCGAUGUGGCCUCUCUGAGCUGUGGUCGACACCCUGGGAUGUGAACUGCUCCUCUCAAGGGAGCUGCAGUUUUGGACACCCACCAGGGGCGUCAACAGACUAGGGCCCAGUUAGCAGGAGGAAGUGUGCGGACGUGAAGAGGCACGAUCUUUGUGAUGAAUCGGCACUGAGUUGAAGUGAUUUGCAGAUCAACAGCAUUCUUGCUUGUCUGACACUCUCACCGGGUGAAUAAUAAUUUGCACUUUUACUGGGAAUUCUUCACCCUAGUUUGAUUCCACAAUUCCACAAUAAUUGAUUUUUUUUUAACUU